AUGAACAUUGAUUCAGUAAUACUGGCAGCAGCAGCAGUGAAGGAGGCAGCAGUGAAGGAGGCAGCAGUGACUUCUAAAGGUCUCACUCAGCACAUAGAUUUGAAUGGAUUUUCAGGGCCCCCCAGCAGGCACCUGUACUCCAAGAGGCUGGACCGAUGUGUCUCCUACCAGCUGUCCGCCCAGGAGCCAGCCGGGCCCGGACCCCUCACUCGGGACAAGGCGCACCACACCCUGGCUGAUCUGAAGCGCCAGCGGGCCGCCACCAAGCUACAGCGUCCUGUGACUGAGGACCUUGUGGGGUCAGGGAGUGAGGGGCUGCCCUGUGCUGAAGCCCAGCCCUCUGGACUCCCUCGAACACCAGUCUACUACACUGCAGCGAGUGGAGACCCUCCCCUGCUGAAGCUGACCGCCCCCACCGAAGAGGCCCCGGCUGAGAAGAGGCCCUGCUGUGGCAUCAUGUGAGGGGGAUGGGCGUCAAGGGGCCUCAGGCCAGUAGGCUUGCUUCCUCUCUCUUCCUUUUAUCUCCCAGGGAAAGGGGAUGGAGCUACUCCC